UUCAAUCAAAAGUGCAUAGCAGGACAGAAGAUGGCUUCAGCUAGACUUCUGUGUGUUGUUAGGCAAGACUUCUACCAGCCAAUGCAAAGUUUAAUAUCAAGAAACCUAUUCCGAAAGCAACAAAUUAAAGCCCUAGUAUGUCCAUGUAGUUUUUAUACCUCACAAACCAAAGAUUUUUCAGAAGCGAGAGUAGAAGUCAGAAAUGGCUUGUCCGUGUUUACAGUGCCUUUACCCUCCAGGAGGGAGAAUUGUGAAUUCACACUCAAACCAGUCUCCCAGACAGUGGGGGAUCUCCUCACCUAUAUGAAGCAGGAGGACGGAGGCAUUGAUAGGGCAGCUGUAUACAGUGAUGAUGGUGUCAGGAUAUCUCGAUCCACAACCAUAGAUGUUUUGCUAAGGAACAGCUUUAAACUUGUGAUAAAUAGCACAGAGUAUGACAUAAAGGCUCCUGAAGGAUUUGAAGCUGCAACGAGUGAAGAUAUAAAAGAGCUGUCCAAUGCCAAGAACCUAAUUGCUCAUCUCUACUCAACAAUGAAUGUAGAACAGCAUCAGAUAGAGAAGGAGAAAGAACUCCUGCAGAAACUAGAAAACCUCAAACUAGAGUUACUUCCCAUGGAAAAAAAAAUGGAUACACUAAAUGCCAUGGCAAAACGACGAACAGAGUUUUUGUCAUGGGCAGGCCUGGCUGCUAUGGGGAUACAGUUUGGGUUCCUUGCUAGACUGACUUGGUGGGACUAUUCCUGGGAUAUUAUGGAACCUGUCACUUACUUUGUGACCUAUGGAACAACUAUGGCCAUGUUUGCAUACUUUGUUCUCACGAAACAGGAGUACAACUUUGUGGAAGUAAAAGAUAGACAACAUUUGCUCUCUGUGCAUGGCAAUGCAAAGAAAACUGGACUGGAUGUAGCUAAAUAUAACGAGUUGAAAGAGGCCACUGCCAAACUGGAGUAUGACAUCAAACGGCUUAGGGACCCUUUACAGCUCCACGUUCCAAUGAUGGAUCCACCCAAAACACUGAAGUGAACGCUCUAGAUCAGAGUAUCAUGGCAUUAACCAAAUAGAAGUUUGCAUUGGUUAGGUUGGGUUAGGAUUUAGUCUGUUCAAUUAAUGUAGGUGUAUACACUGUUAAUGUGAUAUUAAUACUUUUAAUCUUUCUUCCUUUCCUUCUAUAAACUUGUAGAUUUUUCAAGAUCUGUGAGAUUUGAACAAUUUUUUUAGACCUUACAAAAAAUUCAGAUUAUUUUGAUAAGUUGAUUCUGUGCUCGCCAUAUCCUUUUACUGAACAGAACUAAACCCUGCUGCAUUGUAUACCAUCAGAAAGUAAUAAUUCAUUUUUUGAGCUCUUAAGUGUUGAAAAAAGUAGAUGCAGCAAAUCAAGGUGAACAGUGUCAACCAUUUUGUUAUAUUUUUUGUGGACCUUGAUUUUUCAAGGUUAUUAAAGUUAGUGAGCAGAACAGAAAAAUGUCAAAUCUAAUACUUCAAUCAAGAAAAAAAUGAUGAGAGUUAACAAACCAAAACUUGAAUGUAAGAGAUUGAAGAUGAUGUUUGGUCAGUACGAAGUAAUAGUGUUCAGUUUGGUAUUGCAGCAGCUGUGCAGAUUAUUGUUCACCAGUCACUUAAUGGCCAGUUCUAAAACUCAAAAUGAGAACAGAGACAUUGGUAAGAAUUAGAUUAUGCCCGCUGAAUGAAGACAAUCUUGAUGCCGAACAAUUUGUGCCCCAUCAGUUUUCGUGAAGUUUUCGCCCUCCACUGAUGGCCCCUGAUUGUGUUAUAGUUUACUGUUGUCAACAGUGAUUCACUGCCUACCACCAAUAACUUGACCUUCUUAGAUUUUCAUAUUCAUUGAGGGAGCUCCAGCAACACAUUAUAUUGCAAGACAUCACUUAAAUAAUGUGGAAGGGUUAGAAGAUCAAUUGACUGAAAAAUCUGGAGAAACUCUUAAUUGUUUAAUUUGUACAUUGAAGAAUGGAAUUAUUUAAAUAAUAACCAUGCCCAUGUUUUGAUUCACUGCAUUUAACACCAGCCACUGAAUUUCAUAAAUUUUACUUUCAGUUUGUUUCUUGAAUAUUUGAUUCACUGAAAUUUUCUCAGCCUCUUAUACAUGUAUUGCUUAUAAUGCUUAAAAACAUUAAGGAAUUCCUACUUAGAUGCUACUUUAAAUCUAUACAUUAAAGAUUUGACUAAGGUUAUUAGAUGGAAAAAUUUUCUCCACAUUUUAAAUCUCUGUAUUUCUUGAGUAAGUUUUAAUAUACAUGUAUAUAUUGAUGUAUGUCACAAAUGAAUUGUACAGUUGCAAGUGAAGUUAUGUAAGAGUUCACUUUAUUUAUUUCCAAUGAUAUAUAUAACCUUUUCUAUGAUAUAGUGCUAUCCAUAUAUCAUAAAAAGUUUACUCCAUGCUUCCAUUUUUUUUUUUGCUAUACAUUGUAUGUAAAUUAAGAUGUGUGUACUUACUGCUGUAAGGGUACAAAUUCAAAAUUUUAUUAUAUUUUGUAAUCAAUUAUUUAUCAAUUAUUUAGGUAGGUGAUCUGGGAUAUACAUGUUUAUAUAUAUAGUUUAAGAAAUGUUAUCUCUCAAAGCUGUUUUCAAAUGAGCACAGAUUAAUUUGUGUUUGGUUAUUUCUACAUUUGUAAAGUUGUAACUUGGUUUACCUCUAGGAGUACAUAUCAUAAUAUCAUACUGUUGAAGUGUUAUGUUGCAUGAGUCAUUAAAAGUGGCCCAGGUUUAAAGAUAUUGUAUUUCUCGGAAGUGAAAAGUAUGUUAAGUUAGUGGACAGUGGUUGGAGUUCAGCAUUGUGGUUUUGUAAAGUAUGUAACAUGCACAAAUACCAAUUUCACACGAAUCUGCACAAUAGUGAAUGAAUUCUACACAAUGUGAUAUAAACUCAGAUAUUUUUCUACACCCCUUUACCUCCUCUCCCAAUAGAUGAUGUAUAUCUUAGAUCCUCCCUAGGGGAGAGUCCCUAUCGCUUGAUUGUAUUUUUUCCUUGUUAUGCAAUACAUAGGACUUACCCGGUUUAUUUUUAGCUCUGUUAAAGCUUCUCUUCUAGUAGACCAAGACCAUUUGUUAUUAUUUAUUUCUGUUUGUCUCACAUGUUGGGAUGAUCUGUUUUCACCCCAAUAAGUACCACCUGCACAACAACUUAGGGUAAAAAAUUACAUGUUUUUAUCUUAAAUACCUGAACUUUUAAUAAAUUAACAACAUUGAUAAAGAUUACAGUUAAGCAUUUUAGUCAGAGAUCAUUUACCUUGACAACAUACUGUACUUUGAGAAAAAAAGGGGGUAAAUAUGAGAUGCAAAUGUCUAAAAGUUUUUAAACCUGAACCUUGUUGACUCCCAUUAAUUUUUUUAACAUAUUUUGGGCUUUUGAUAUGAAAAAUGAACAUUUAUUCUAUUCAGAUGAUUGGAUGUAGAGGCUAGGGAAGUUAUUGGUACAGGGAUGUUAUUGGGGUGAAAACAGUACUUGUGAUAAUCAUUUUUUUAAUUUUCGUUAGAUAUUUAUGCACCUGAUCCCUAUGGUGAUGUUUUGACAGUAUCCUGGGAUAAUUAUAGAAAGGUUCCUUUAUAUAUACACUAGUGUCUCUAUUAUUUGUCCUCCAUGUGUUAGUAUCAGUUAUGACUUUUUAUAUUAAAAAUUUUGAACAAUGA